GGAUUCUCCACCCGAUGAAGGCCCGUACCAUGUUCAUGUACGGGAAGGCCCGCCGUGCUGUGGUGCUGAUCUGGGUGUUGUCUUUCCUCCUGGCCUCACCAAGUCUCGCGGUGCAGGGUCUUGUAAAGUUUGACUGGGGGACGGGCGAUACCAUCUACCACUGUCAGCAGGUGUGGUCGUCGGUGGUGUACGAGCGUCUGUACGUGUUGUACGGCCUGGCGGUUCUCUUCGUCCUCCCCCUCGCCAUAAUGGUCUUCUCCUACGGCUGCGUCAUCCGGGAGAUCGUGCAGCGGCGGAGGGGUCAGAUGUCAGAAAGUAAGCAUGAAGAAAACGCCGUCCCCGGGGACAACAAAGGAAAGACGACGUCCUUCCGUCGGUUCUCCGAACAUCUCCGGCGAGGUCCCCACCAUCUCGAGGGAGUCGGAGGCACUGAGAACGCACCACACGGCUCCAGAAUGACGUCAAUAGCGUUGCUACUGGAAACCAUCACCCAGGGCAACGCAGACGACAAUAGUGCAGCUUCUCGGAAGCCAAAGUGUCAAGUGCAAGUCCUGGGGGAUGAAAAUGGCCUGCAGAUUAUAAAAAUGCUUCUGGUUGUGAUGGCGGUGUUUGUCAGUUGCUGGGGCCCGCUGCUGAUCCGCCACACGCUGGUGACCUUUGACCUCCUGGACGAGCACACUCAGCUGAUGUACGCCCUGCGCAUCACCUUCCACCUGCUGUCCUACCUUAACAGCUGCGCGAACCCGGUCUGUUACGCCUUCAUGUCGCGCAGCUUCCGCAUCAGUUUCAGACAGGCGAUAGCACCGUGCGGUCAAGGUCGUGCCUCGUACAGACGUGAAGACCGACCGUUACCACGACGGUACUUGGCGGGAAACCUCCCGAUCCCAGAGGUAUUCGUGGAGCACUUUGACGAGCCGUCAUUGGGAGAAGGCUACGCCAUGGAGAAAACACAGGGCACCCCUCUCGGAACCCCGCUUGGCACCCCUGAUAGACAGUCACUAAGGGGAGCAAAUUCUGACGAAGAACUGCACCACCAACUGAAGUCAAUAGAGGGCGCUCUAGGCCAUGAGGGUGGCGCAGAUGCGUUAGAACUUCACAAUGGAAAGAUCAAUGGCCAAAUUCAUUCUAUGGGAUCUGUCUACUGUGUAACUCAGAAUGCUUUGUCCUUCGUGACAUCUGUGUAGAUCCUAUCAUUGCAUAACUGAAACCAAUGUCUUAUAGCUCACUUUGCUGAAAAUUCAAUUUAAUUCUUUAUCAACAUUUCGACGUUGCAGACUUACACACAGGGAGAUGGCAGCCUGAAUAACGUUGAUAUUUACAAUUAACACACACACACUCACACACACACACACACACACAUACAUACACACACACACACAAACACACACACA